GAGAGAGAGAGAGAGAGUAAAGAUGCCCUGAUGGAUUAUUGGAUGCACCUGGUUGUCCAUUACGCAUAAGGAGUCUAAUUUACGGACAUUAUGGAUUGGACAAAUUGAUGUUAAAACUGACAGCUCAACAGCGAGAGGUUUGUGUCACCAGGUGAACAGGGAGAAGAAUAUGGACGUCGAGGGUGAUAUUCAGCACAAAGAAAGAGACAUGGAGGGAACUUCACUGCCGUUUUCAGUGACCACCGACUGGCUGGAGGACGGAGGCAAUGAGACGAUUGGGAAUCAGUUCCAGCAGCCGGACUGGCAGGUGGCUCUGUGGGCUAUAGCCUACUCCCUCAUCAUCCUGGUGUCCAUCACUGGUAAUGUCACAGUGAUUUGGAUUAUUCUCGCUCACAGACGCAUGAGGACUGUAACCAACUACUUCAUCGUCAACCUGGCCUUCUCUGACGUUUCCAUGGCAACCUUCAACACUCUUUUUAACUUCGUCUAUGCGCUUCACAAUGACUGGUACUUUGGCCUGGGCUACUGCCGAUUUCAGAACUUCUUCCCCAUCACAGCCAUGUUUUCAUCGAUAUACUCGAUGGCUGCCAUCGCAGUGGACAGGUACAUGGCCAUCAUCCACCCUCUGAAGCCCCGCCUCUCCUCCACCUCUACGAAGGUUGUGAUCGCCGUCAUUUGGAUCGUAGCGAUCUUACUGGCUUUCCCUCAGUGCUACUACAGCGUGACAAUAUUUUACUACCCCAGAACCGUGUGCCUGGUCGACUGGCCUGACGACUAUGGAGGAACACAUCAACUAAGUUACCAGUUUGCAGUGAUAUUGCUGAUCUACUUGCUCCCUCUACUGGUGAUGCUGGUGACCUACAGUAUAGUGGGCCAAUCGUUGUGGGGCGGGCACAUCCCUGGAGAGGCGACGGACCAUUAUCAUAGCCAGAUAACAGCCAAGAGAAAGGUGGUGAAGAUGAUGGUUGUCGUGGUGGUGACCUUUGCCCUGUGCUGGUUGCCCUACCACAUCUACUUCAUACUGGGAUCAUUUAACAGAGACAUUUAUAAACAACACUACAUUCAACAGGUGUAUCUGUCCAUAUUCUGGCUGGCGAUGAGUUCGACCAUGUACAAUCCUAUCAUUUACUGCUGUCUAAACCAAAGGUUUCGUGCUGGUUUCCGUCACGCAUUUGCUUGGUGUCCCUUCAUCAAAGUGUCGGAGGAGGACAGGAUGGAGCUGCAGCACACGCACACCUUCAGAGUCACCAUGACGCGCAGCCACCGCAAAGACAGUUCAAUCGCACACACCUCCAUCAAAACAAACAACACCUUCGGCACAAACGUGGCCAUCAGCGGUGAGCUAAACACAGAGAGAGAGGCCUGCAUGCAGCUAAAAAAACAGGCAUCACUGAAAACAUACAGCACGCACAACAAGAGGCCGGACGAUACAAAAUCCCCCGCUGCCAAACUGAUGCAGUGACGACUGAAUCAAAUGAUAAUGGGGACAUGCUCGAUGGAAAAGCAACAGGGGUUUGUCUACAGCAACAGAGCUGAUAAUAAAUAGACAAUAAAGACAAAGGGUAGCCUGCUGACAAACAGAGUGGAGCAAACAUUCAUCCAUGUGGAAAACCUUGAAACAAAGAGUUAUUGGAUCUGGCUUGAGACUAAUUACCUUUUUCGUUAAAGAAGAAUAUAAAGGAAUGUGAAUAUGUUGAUGGAUGUGCCAAAGUGGUCAUAUGAACAUGUGAAAAUAGUCAUAUAUGAAGAAACUACACCUGCAUACUGGACAACAAGAUUGUUAAUGGGAAAGUCCGUAGAUAAAUACAUCCAUCAUUCAUUUCUUUUACUGAAGCCCAUGCUCCUUCCUCCUCCCACAUCCUUUCUUCCAUCACUGACUUUUUUUCUAUUUCACCUUUGGAGAAAAGCUGUUAACUGUGGAUAUAUUUGUGUAACUGUGGAGUUUUUGUGUGGUUACUGAUUUUCAACACUAUAGAAUGGAUGAGCAGUCCAUUGGCAUCAGCACCAAGCCUUAAUAAUGUUCUUUUUGUGUGUUUUCUUCUUUUUAUUGCCAAAGACAUGGGACUUUCUUUUUUUUUAAUUGGCUUUUUCUCAAAGGGGCAUUUUCUAUUUAAUUUAUUUUCUUCACCAAUUAUAAUGCACAAAGUGAUAAUUAAAGCCAUUCAUUGGUAA